AUGGAACCGAUUGUUGGAGCAUCAAGAUUAACUAAACCUCCACCAAACAGGAAAUCUCCAGCACAGGAAUGGCAAAGGCCAGUAUCUCUAUUUCCAUCAUUUGCUUCAAUCAAUAUGGAAGAAAUUCAGAAGAGAAUGAAAGAAAGACAGGAAGAACUGAAGAAGAAAGUAUCACAGGGUUCUGGAAUGCAAGAACAAAAUGACUUAGAGGCAAACCUGAUGCAUAAAUUUGCAGAGAAGCAGUUGGUUAAUAAAAAUUUUGAUAUGUGGUUACUGAAUGUGAAAAUGCAUGAAGUAAGGAUUUGUGGCAGGCCAGAUAUUCAAGAUACUGCAGAAAUGUUGAGAAUUGAUUCAUAUCAAGGUGAUUCAUAUCAAGGAAAUCUUGAUGAAGCAGUAGAAGACUUAGUGAUGAUUACAGGAAGUGAAGGUCAUGAAACGACAAACAAUGCUGCACAAGUAGUACAUGAGGAUAAUGUGUCAGAUGAUGAAUCAAUAGUAGCUAAAAAUCAAGAGUACAUAUUCCCAAGCCCAGAAGAAGUCGAAAAAUCUGUUGAACCUUCUGUUGGAAUGGUGUUUGAGAGCCUGACAGAAGCUCAAAGGUAUCUCAAUGUCCAUGGGCUCCUAAAUGGAUAUGCAAUUAGAAAGGGUACAAACUACUUGAAGAAGACAUACCAACUAGAAUGCAACAGAAGUGGAAAGCCAAAAGUUAUGGAGAAUGCACAAAUGAUAAGAAGAAGGAAUUACAUCCUGAAAACAGGUUGCAAGAUGAAGGUUAUAGUUAAACUGAUAAAUGGAAAAUGGGUUUUCACAAAAGUCGACAGUGAGCAUAAUCACAAUGUAGUGUCUUCUCCUUCCCUAACUAAGUUUUUCUUGAACCACAAAAGGAUGACAGAGGAUGAGAAAGCAUUCUCCAAGAUUUUGCAAGAUGCAAGAAUUAAGCCUAUGAAUAUCAUGUCAAUAUUCAGAGAAUUGAAGGGGAGUUUCAAAAAUGUAUUCUUCAAUGCAAAGAACUUGGACAAUCUGAAGCAAAAGGAGCGCAUCAAAACAAGAAAUUCAGACAUUGAAACAACAGUAAAUUAUUUAAAGAAAGUGCAGAAUGAAAGCCCAGGUUUUUACUAUACUAUGAGAAUGGAUGAAGAAAACAUAGUGAGAAGCAUAUUUUGGACAGAUGCUAGAGGAAGAAUGGAUUAUGACUUGUAUGGAGAUUUCAUAUCGUUUGAUACAACUUUCAGUACAAACAGGUAUAAUAUGCCUUUUGCACCAAUAGUGGGGAUAAAUGGACAUAGGAAGAAUGUGAUAUUUGGAUGUGCUCUAAUUGAAGAUCAAACUGCUGAAACUUUUGAAUGGGUGUUCAGAACUUUUGUUGAGACUAUGAGUGGCAAGAAACCCAAGAUAAUAAUGACAGACCAAGAUACAUCAAUGAAAAAAGCAAUUGCAAAUUAUAUGUCAGAUGUCAUUCAUAGUCUUUGCAUCUGGCACAUAAUGAAAAAUCUGCAUGAGAAAUGUGGAUGCUUCAUGAGCCAAAAGCACAGAGAAGGGAUGGAGAAAAGGCUAAAUGAACUAGUUUAUGAUUCACUCCAUGUAGCAGAAUUUGAAUCUGGAUGGCAAACAAUGCUACAAGAUUAUGAUGCAGAAAAAAAUGAGCACCUACAACUUAUGUACAGAUUGAGAAAGUUGUGGGUUCCCGUAUACUUCAAAGAUACAAUGUGUCCAUUCAUCCAUUCUACUUCAAGGAGUGAGAGCACAAACUCAUAUUUCAAGGAUUAUAUAAUUCCUAAAGAUACAAUAGAGAAUUUCAUGAGGCAGUUCGAAAUAAUACAAGAAACAAGCAUUGCCAAGGAGGAUGAAAACAGGUUUACAAGUUUAGUAAAAGAACCAACAUAUUGCACACAUCAGCGCAUUGAAAGACAUGCAGCAAAACUUUAUAAUAGAGACAUUUUUGUGAAAUUUCAAGAAGAACUGUUCAAUUCAAGUGCAUUCUCAGUGAAUGAGAUCAUAAAGGAUCACAAGUACACAAUUGUAAAGAAUUGUUUCUAUAAGAAUGCCGAGUUCUGGAAGGACAAGUUCAUCAUAGAAGUUGAUAGAAUAAAGCAAGAGUUCAAAUGUGAAUGUUGCAAGUUACAGAGGGAUGGUCUGGUAUGCUGUCAUAUUCUAAGACUAUUUACUCAGCUUGGAAUCAACAAACUCCCAGAUUCAUGCAUAAAUAGAAGGUGGACAAAAACCUACAGAGAAGAAGAGCUUGAGAAGCAGAAAAAGAAAUGCAUAGAAGACCCAGGAUGUACCAAAGCUCAAAAGGCAAUUAGAUAUGCUAUGGUGAACAACAAAGUGACUGAUAUAUGGUCUGAUAUAUGCAACAAUGCUGCACGGAGCAAGGAAUUUCUUGAAGAGUUAGAAAGAUUUCAUGAGAAGAUAUUGAAAGAAAAAGAAGGUACACAACAAGAAGUUGAAAAGCAGAAUGCUUUGAAGGAUCCACCGAUUGGUGAAGGCAAAUCAGUGCUGAAAGGAAAACGCAUGAAACAUCCUACAGAACCAACUGUGGAGGAGAAGAAAAGAAAGGCAAAGGAAAAGGAACAAGGAAAGUAG